UAUUUGUUUGUUUUUGGAAACAUCUGGACAUUAUAAAACGAGCCCCUUUUUUCAUCUACCAUAGCAUUAUUUUCUUGAAGAACCGAAUUUCAGUUUCAUUUUUAAAGUGAACCAACAAAGACCUCAAAACUAUUUAAUCAUUCAAAAACUCAAAGAAAAAAAUGACGAGAACAAUUUGGUUUCUAAUUUUGCUUUCACUACUUGUCAAAGUAUUUCCCUUGACUGUACCUGAAACAACAGAAGGUGAACCUUCUUUGGAUGCUGAAACUACAUUUUCAUCACACUAUCUCAAUAGUUUAGAUCAUAAAAUGGAAAAUAUGAUAAAAACACUAUCUGCCGUUGAUACAUCAAUUAAACAACUUCAAGAGAAAGCACAUACAUGGGCAAUAUUUCACCAUCACAUCGAUUCAUGGAAUGAUCAAAUGAAAACAAUCGAACAUAAAAUCGACUUGAUAAAGCGUACACAAGAUGAAAAUCAAAUAAUAAAUCAAAAAUUGGUGUCUCAAGAAUUCACCUUAAAUCAUAUUCUUUCAAAGUUAGUGUUUCUGAGUGACAGUUCAUACAAUCGUGGUGAAAACGAAAACAUAAUACUUCGAAAUGGUGAAAAUGGUUUUGGUGAAAUUAAGAAACUUAUCAACGGUGAUCGGAAGAUGCGCAAUGAAAUCGGCACUCGUCUGAGUAAUAUUCUACGUCAUGUGCAAAAUAUUGAAAGGGAUAGUUGCAGAGGUUGUUCAAAAUCAAAUAGCAACAAUGGUAAUGAACCAAAAAUGGCAAAAUUGAUACAUCCUAUCAUGACAUGUAAUGGUUCAAGAUCCAAUAACAAAGUUGACUUAAAAGACAUCGACAAGAAACUUAACCAACUAAUUGAAACUAUUCCACAAAAUGUUAUUGCAAAAAUAAUUGAAAAUGAUCAGAAAAAUACUGACAGGUGGUUGCUGACAUCGCAGUAUUUUGACAAACUCAAUGAUCGUUCUAUUGAAAUGAAAGAGGUGAAUGCAGAACAUUACUUGAAACUGUCAAAUUUGUGUCAAUCGAUGUCAAAUGAAAUAACCACAUUCACCGGAAGUUCAGAUUUGUUAUUGAAGAAAUUUGAAAAAUUAGUUAUAGAUGUUCAGAAAAAAGUUGAUAAACUUGCUGAAAGAGAAGAUAUUGAGAAAAGAACCGAUUCUGUUGGAACUGACACAGUAAAACCCAAAACAGAUGAAGAAAAUGACAGUAAUGGGAGUGAGGAGAACUUCGAUAUUGAUGGUGAAACUCAGAAUGGGUCUAAGAAAUCCACGGAAGAUGUUGAAGAAAUUGACAAUAAUAGCAGAGAAUCGGAAGAGCCACAAGAAGAAAUAAAUUUUGUACAACCGUUAAAAAAUGGCUGCCAUGAACUCACCAAACGCGUAGAUGGGAUAUAUAAAUUUUCAACUUCAAAAACUAACGCCGCCUUGCGGGAUAUGAACGAACAAUAUUGUGUUUUCUCAACAGACGGACCAGCAUGGACUGUCAUUCAGAACCGUGGCCCGUAUGCUAUUCAGGAAAAUUUUAAUCGUUCAUGGAAUGAGUAUCGUGAUGGAUUUGGUAGUUUGGAGAAAGAUUUCUGGAUGGGAAAUGAGUUUCUCCAUCAACUUACUUAUGCCGAUAAUUAUGAAUUGCGUAUUGAACUUGAAGAUUUUGAAGGCAUAAAAGCAUGGGUCGAGUAUUCGACGUUCCGGAUAAAUGCAGAGAGAUACAACUACAAUUUGAUUAUAGACGGUUAUCGGGGUGCAAUUCCUGAUGCAUUGAGCUAUCACAAUGAGCAUGAUUUUAGCACAUAUGAUUCGAGAAAUGACAAGAGUGUUGAUGCAUGCUGUGCUUGUGCUACUGGUUAUGCCAGUGGUUGGUGGUUUAAUAACUGUGCUGAAGCAAACUUAAAUGGAGUCUUUCAUAAUACGCCUCUGGGACAUAAUUAUGUUGGUAUAGUUUGGGAUCAAUGGCAUGGCGAUUAUUCAUUGAGAAGUUCUAAAAUGAUGUUGCGACCUAAAGUUUGGCCAAAGGAAAGAGAAGAAGAAACUUAUAAUGGGUCAUCAGAAGAUCCAUGAGAAAGAAAACAUGCAUAGAAGUUGAUUAAUGUAAAGGAAAAUUUAACGUUAUUUCAUGAGAAUUUUAUUUUUAACUGAAAACAUUUUUCAAUAUCAAGUUUUUUGCAAUAAAAUCAAAAUAAAUUUAA